UGUUUGUUUCUUCGGCCUUUCCACUUCCCGUUGUGAUCAGGAAGAUUUGUAACAGCAAUUACCAUGCAGAACGACGCAGGAGAUUUCGUUGAUCUUUUCCUUCCCCGCAAAUGCUCUGCGAGUAACCGCAUCAUUGCUGCAAAGGACCAUGCCUCUAUCCAGUUGAACAUCGCUGAGGUUGAUGAAACAACUGGCAGAAUGACUGGCGCCUACAAGACCUACGCUAUCUGUGGAGCCAUCCGUAGAAUGGGCGAGUCUGACGAUUCCCUCAUCAGGUUGGCCAAGCGAGAUGGAGUCAUUGCCAAGAACUUCUAGAGACACUGGCGUGUGAGCAAGUACAAGGAUAUUGUACCUGGUCUGUCACAGUGGCAAUAAAAAUGAAUGGUCGUAAAUACA